AUGGAGUGCAACAUCCGUCCAUGUAAGACCACUAGUCGCGGCAGUGAUGGCAGUCAUGCGGGAUCAGAGACCGUAUCAUCGUCAGACAAUGGUGACUAUAGUAGUGACAUCAGGGACACCCUACGUGAGGCUCUCAGCAGCAUUGGUCCAGGAACAUUCGCGACCUCAGGACCUCUGCCUCAAGCUGUCAACCCUGGAUUGGUAGUUGAGGGUAUCGGAAAGAUUGGCCUCCCACUUUCGGACCGCGAUGCAGUCGACAUCAUCCGCAUCAGCCACAAAACGCCCCUGGACGAAGGUAACAAAACCACUACCAAUGACGGGUUUCAAAGAUCGUGGGCGCUGGAGUCGAGCCAGGUCCAAUUAAACAAUCCAAAGUGGUCUCAAACUAUCCAGGAACUGGCUUCAUUAGCUGCUCAGCAAUUGGAUUUGGGAUCUUCGGCGAACCUUCGCCAUGAAUUCUACCGGAUGCACUUAGAUGGGCCUGGCGAUCAUGCCGAUUCCCAUCGAUAG